UCCCAGUUGAUUGUCUGCAAUUCGGUUUGACAACUUCCGUGUGCGGCAGCGGUCACAGUCGGUCGCCAUUCCGUACGUAGAAGCCGCCGGGUUUGUUUAACCGAUGUCUUCUCCUCACUUGAAGGCUAUUGUUUUUGAUAUUGGCGGCGUCGUCCUUCAUAGCCCGUUCAUUGCAAUCGAUGAGUUUGAGUCGGAGAAAGGCCUGCCAAAGGAUUACCUGAAUGUCUCGAUGACCUCCCGAGGGCCCGGUAGUGCCUGGCAGAAGUUCGAACGUGGAGAGCUAUCCCUCUUCUCAUUUUACGAAGAGUUUGGACGUGACCUCUCUGACACAGACAAUGGUAACAAAUGGUACACGGAAUACUGUGCUCGCAAAAAAAUAGAGUGCCCGACUUUACCUGUGAUACUUGAUAUUGACGGCCGCGAGCUUUUUGGUAGGAUGAUGCGACAGACUACGGCCUAUGAUUGCCACAUCCUACGCGCCAUUCACCGGAUAAGAGCGUCGGGAAGAUGGCUUAUCAUCGCUCUAACUAAUAAUUACUCGAAGCACAUUACGGACUCUGCUUCUUCGACACCCCUGACUGCAGGACAACCUAUGGGGGUUCCCGACUCGGAGUUGCGAUUCUUGGGAUGGGAUGAUAAAGAAAAGUUUCAUCUCCGCGCGUUAUUCGACGACUUCUGUGACUCCAGCGAGUUGGGCAUGCGGAAACCUGAUCCCGAAUUUUAUCUUCUUGCCUGUCACCGAAAUGGCAUUCGCCCUGGAGAAGCCGUCUUCCUUGAUGAUAUAGGAAUGAACUUGAAGGCCGCACGCGCUCUUGGCAUGGGACCAUCCACAUGCGGCGUCAACGACAAAUCCUGGCAAACUGUCCUGACGAGUCUUCUUUCAGAUGUUCCGAUAGGUGGCACUCUUAAUGCAGUCAAGCAAUUAGAAAGGAAAUUAGGCAUCGACCUUACUAGUGACCUUGACCGUGACAACACAACAUCUGCUAAACUUUGAAAGCCAUGGCUACAGUUUGGUGGUAUCACAAUUUGUAUUGACGCCUCCGCGGAGG